CCAUCACUAUCAAAUUUGCUUUGCGCUGCAUCGAGACCGAGAAUUAAAGACUUGAAAGCAGCUGGAGAAAUUACAAGAAAUUGAUCCCCGAAAAUUACUGGCAAUCGCGAACAGCGGGCGUGUGUGUGUGUGUGCGUGCGCGCGAGAGCGAGAGAAUAAGUGAAUGAAACAGAACGAGCACAGAAAUUACACAAGUUGUAAAAGAAAAGGUGAAGAAAAAAGUUGGUCGAGACCGAAUAUUGAUUUUUUCAUAGACAGUGCAGUUAAAACAACGGUCUCUUUUUGUUAGCCAAAAAGAAGGCGUUGGUAAAAAGCGGUAGUAGUUUUUAUCUCAAUUUUGAGGCCUACAAAAGAAUAGAAGAAAAAGCAACGGAAAGCGUCAGAAUCUCUUUCAGAGACCGCGACAAAUCCGGUAAGACACUGACCACCAAGAUGCCGUCAGCUCCAACACACACUGCCGAGGAGGCACAUCUGCUGGGCACCAUGCCCGUUGAUCCCAUGGAUGACAUCGAACUGCGCUCCGUGCAGCUGCAAUUCCCCAAUGCCCGCGGCUCCAUCCUGGAGGCCUGCGAACAGCGACGCGUGCCCACAGACAAGGGCGAUGUCCACGUGGCCAUACAGGGCGAUACGGCCAAGCCGGCCAUUAUCACCUACCACGAUUUGGGCCUCAACUACGCCACCAGCUUUGCUGGCUUCUUCAAUUUUCCAGUGAUGCGAGGUCUGCUGGAGAACUUCUGUGUUUACCACGUGACUGCUCCUGGCCAGGAGGAGGGUGCACCCACUUUGCCAGAGGAUUACGUCUAUCCGACCAUGGAUGAUCUGGCCGCCCAGCUGCUUUUCGUGCUAUCCCACUUUGGCCUAAAGUCGGUGAUUGGUUUCGGCGUUGGUGCCGGGGCGAAUAUUCUGGCCCGUUUCGCUCACGCCCAUCCGGACAAGGUGGGCGCCCUGUGCCUGAUCAAUUGCGUGUCCACGCAGUCGGGCUGGAUCGAGUGGGGCUACCAGAGCUUCAAUGCCCGCUUCUUGCGCACCAAGGGCAUGACACAGGGCGUGAUCGAUUAUCUGAUGUGGCACCACUUCGGACGCAAUCCGGAGGAGCGCAAUCACGACCUGGUGCAGAUGUACAAGCAGCACUUCGAGCGUGGCGUUAAUCCGACCAAUCUUGCCAUGCUGAUCAACGCGUACAUCCAUCGUAACGACCUGCAUCUGGCACGCACUCCGCCAGGUACUCCGGGCAGCGAAACGGCGGCCACCACGCUGAAGAUGCCGGUGAUCAAUAUCACAGGUUCGCUCUCGCCGCACGUCGACGACACGGUGACCUUCAAUGGCCGUCUAGAUCCUACAAACUCAUCGUGGAUGAAGAUUUCCGAUUGCGCUUUGGUGCUGGAGGAGCAGCCGGCUAAGCUGGCCGAGGCCUUCCGGCUCUUCUUGCAGGGCGAGGGCUACGCAACGCCGCUGUCCACGCCAGCGAGUUCGCCCUGUGGAACUAAAUACCACACCUACUCCUCCAUCUUCUUUGCCAACUUCCGGGAGCAGCAGCAGCAGGCGAUGGAGGAGCGCGAUCGUGAGCGGGAAAGGGAGCGGGAUCGCCAGCGGCAGCUGAGCCUUCGCGUUGGCAAUCGCCUUCGGGAGACGGCCAUCAAUUGCACCAGCAGCAACUCCAACACCACCGCCGGCCAGGGGGACAAUAAUAAUGCGGAUGGUCGCAGCGUCGACGGGGACGACCAGGAUCUGGAGAACGGAAACGGAUGUGCCGGCGGCAACGGAACAGGAACCGGUAAUGGCAACCGAGCCUACGUGACCACGGACACAUCGGGCACGCUUUACUACGGCACCCAGAGCAACAAGAUACGCAUCACAGAGAACCCACUGCCCGAGCCGGUCAGCUCUUAGAUUGUUACUGCAGAGUCCACAUAAUCUCCAAAAGACACCUUGUUAUUGUUGUUACCACACACUGAGAAAAAAUAAUGCAGCAGCAGCAGCCAAGUCAAGCCAAGCUUUCAGCCGUGCUCCAAGAGACACAAAGCCACAGAAACUCAAAGAAUAAAAAAUAUUAUGAAAUACAAGCAACUCACACACCGCUAGGAAAUGAAUGCGAAUGCAAUAAUUAACCACCAAAUGAGAACCCAUUGAUUGAUUGAUUGAUUGAUUGGUUGAUUGAUUGAUUGUGUUUCCCUAUGGUUUUCGAGAUGCGGAGAGAUAUUUGUAAUUUACACUUUGUGCCUGAGCGUAACGUAACGAACAUACACGUAUAUAUAUCAAGCCAGAUCGGUUCAGAUCAGCAACAGCAGUUUAGUUUUCUAUGCCCAAUUGAUUACAUUGUUUUUUUUUUUGGAGUGCAACACAUAUUUUAUGACGAGCUUGCUUAGUUGUUGUAAACCGAACAAUAUACAAAAUAUAUACAUAUGUGUAUACAGAUGACACAAGCAGAACAAAAACUAAAAACUAACGAGCAUUUUCGCUUAAUGUUAAAACCUAAAACGAAUCCAACUGUUAACUUAAUCCCAAAAAAUAACAAUGUAGCAUAUCAAAUAAAAAACGAAAAAUCUCUCAAAAUUACGUAUAUACUUAUACAAAACCCUAGAUAAAUCGUAGACAAUUGCGAAUUGCGAGUAACUUCAAACCAACAUUCUGUUCACAAUGAAUGAGGAAUAAAUUCUAGACACAGGACACUGUCACAAAAACAGGAUACACACACACACACGAUAUUGAAUAUAGAAUACAUACAUAUAAUAUAUAUAAAUAAUGACAACUUUUUGCAAUAACUUCGAAUUCAAUUCAAUAAAAGUUUUAGAAGCUUG